AUGAAGGAGUCCAAACUUACAGGGCGCAAGGAUAAGGAGAGGGCGACGGAUGCGGCGCUCAAUGCAGUGACCGGCCAAGGCGGAGCGGGAUCGAAGGCUAAGCGCGGGCGGAUGGAGGACUGGCGGAGACAAAGAGGGGCGUUUAUCGUUAACAUCCUGCAGCCGAUCAUCGAAAAGGUUGGACCGGAGCACGUCGUCGCGAUUUGCACGGUCGGCGGCAGCAACUACGUGUCCGCCGGCAAGAUGCUGCAGAAGAAGUACCCGCACAUCGAGAUCGUCCUCUGCCCCACCCAUGUGCUCGACUUGCUGAUGGAGGAAUUCGGCAAGAUGAAUUGGGCGCAGGAGGUCGUCACAGUUGCGAACGACAUGAUCUCGUUCCUACGCAUCCACCAGUGGGCGCGUGCCUUCCUGUGGAGUCUCGAGCUGCACGGCGAGGAGAAGUCGCUGCAGCCGCUGCGACCGGCAGGCAUGCGCUUUGGGACGCAUUACAUCGGAGCGUCAUGUCUGCGCCAGAUUCGCCCACAGCUGAUGCAGAUGGUGAUGCACAAGGACUGGGAGAAGGGGAGGAAGCAACAAACUGGAAAGAACUUCGAGGCAUCGGUAUUGGAUGCGGAGUGGUGGAAGAAGGCGGUUACAUUUGUGAAGGUGAUGGAGCUUGUCAAACUCAUAUGUUGCAUAUGGUGUAGGCUGUAG